AACAAACAUACCUACCCCGCAUAGUCUCUCAGCAUCUUCAAUGGCGUCUACGGAACCCAUCAAUGUACCAUUCUUCAAAAAGAAGGGAAAAGCACGCCCAGCGACCACCAGAAAACGCUCGACAUCGCCCCCGGCGUCUACGCAGCCCGUCGCCUCCUCGUCCAAGUCACAAGUCGUGCACCCUUCCCGAAAAGCUACCGGUAAUCUACUAAGCGCUGGUACAAAGCGAACAGCGUCGAAGCGCGACGAGGACGACGAACUUGACGGAGAUGCUCCCGUGAGGGAAGGCCCAGACGUCAAGUGGACUGCGGAGGGCUCUCACAUGAACGCGGCGCUCGAGAUUAUCGCGGGCGACGAGGCAGCGGAGAUCCUCGCGAAGCGACAGCGAAAGGAGAAGCUGGACAGAGGCGAUAUAUCGGACGAGGAUGGGCCGGACGAUGGGAAGUAUCAUGGGCAGAGCAAGUAUAGGACCCACGUCAAGAAGAGUAAGGAAAUCCCGAAGGCGAUGCGCGUCGGCCCACAAAGAAACACGAGCACGAUCAGGACGGUCACCAUCGUCGAUUAUCAGCCUGACGUAUGUAAGGACUACAAAGAAACGGGUUACUGCGGCUUCGGUGACACCUGUAAAUUCUUGCACGAUCGCGGAACAUACCUCGCCGGUUGGCAGCUUGAUAAGCUCGCGGAGAAUCCGAGAAAGCAGGUGGAAGAUGCGUCAGAUGACGACUCGGACUCGGACGAGGAGGACGUUCCAUUCGCAUGUCUCGUCUGUCGCAAACCUUACACGGAACCGGUCGUGACGCGCUGCGGACACUACUAUUGCUCCGCGUGCGCGAUCAAACGUUACGCAAAGACCCCAAAAUGCCUUGCUUGCGGCGCACCCACAGGCGGCAUCUUCAAUCGCGCAGACAAGGUAAUAGCGAAGAUCAACAAGAAACGAGCGGAUAAGGCCGCGGGUGACGGUCAUGAAAGCGGCCAGGAGGGCGGCGGGGUGCAAAUCGAGGGGCUCGAAGACGACGGGAGUGCCCAAGAUAGUGACAGCGACAGCGGGGGCGAAUAAUCACCCAAACAACGUUCUGUCAACGGGAUUCACCCUGGGGUCGAUAACGAGGACGGGUUCUUCUUACGCAUUAUUUGACGGCGACAGCGAUGGGGCUCAUGCGGGUCUCUUCGGAUUGCCGUGAACAGGAAAAAGGACGACACGACCGUUGACAUCGCGAGGGCCGAAAACGGACAUUUGAACGACUUACCUCACAUAGAGUUUUUAGUUUUGUACCCUGUGAUCAGCGUCUAGCUAUAGAAGCCCGAAUGUAAUAUAUG